AUGGCGCUUCGUUUGCACGUGUGCCUCCCCAGUGGCCUCUCCUGCGAGCUGGGGCCGUUUCCGCCCGACAGCGCCGUGGCCGAGCUGCGAUCGGGUGCGGAGAAAGCUUUGGGGCGACCAGUGAGGCUCAUUGGCCCCGAUGGCCUCCUUGAGGAGCACCUGUCGCUGCAGAGCGCCAAGCUCCAUGACCACGACACUGUGGGUGCCAUCGCCGACUGGCCGAAGAUGGCGUCCACCUCACGGGCCUUCGUCCUGUGGUGGGGAGGCCGCCGGCAUGCGGCCGGCUUGCUGCGGCCUGAAGACACCAAGACACCAAAGGGAGUGCAUGGUUUUUUACUGUACAUGUUUACCAACAGAGAUUGA